AUGACUCUGUACCCAGUGGCAGUUAUUUGCACAAUGCUGGCAAGACCUUUCACCAACAAGCGGAUUAGCAAGUGUGGCAAGCGUUUCUUGUGCGCCACUUAUGGUUGGGAUUCGUGGUCUGACUGGUCUGGCUGCAGCGCCUCUUGUGACGGAGGGACCCAGGAACGCCGGAGGUACUGCCUACACGCCAAGGGCUGCCAGGGAUAUAACACAGAGAGGCGGCAAUGCAAUUUUUUCUCCUGCAACGGUACCCUCGACGUGCUGCACCUUCAGGAUAAGCGGUACAAACCAACUCAGUUCGGGUGGCGGGAAUCUAGCACGCGGCCUGGCUCGUGGCGCGCCGUGAGAAACCGCCCCCUGCUGGUACACACUCGAGAUAUCUACCCUGGUGGCUUCCCUGAGGAGUUCUCGCUACUCAUCACAGUACGACCUGACCUCGGCAACAUGGGUAUGCUGUUCCUGAUGCACCGCGCCUACGGUGGAGAGGUGUAUCUAGGGCUCGGCCUGGGCACUGGGCUGGAGCUGCUGCACACUGGGCCUGCGCGGGACGACGACGUGUUCCCCAUAAAUGUUGCACCGAUCAACGUGAACCUUACCGACGGUCACUGGCAUCAGCUGGCUAUCAGUGUGCUGGACGACAACAGUAUUCAGGUAUACGUGGAUUGCCGGUGGAUCAGUCGGCAGAUUCUCCGUCGGUCAUCCCUGCAGAUCCCCAUGGACACGCUGCUCUACGUGGGAGGCAUGCCGGGCCGCAGCUAUCAGGGGGAGAUGGAGCAGUUCACAGUGAGUCAUUCUCCCGAAGCAGUGGCGAAGCAAUGCAAACCUGAACCGAUUCCCAUCAUUGACACGACGCUGCAGGAAACCGGUCGGCCUCUGGGUGUGGACCGGCCGCGUCCCCACCACCCCCCUGAGGUGUACGAUUACGACGACUAUGAGGCCUACAGUCACUACGAGGACAAGCCGUACAUCGAUGGGUACGACUAUGGAAGCAGCUACGACCUGUACAAUGGCCUCACCUACACGGACUUCCCCGACUAUGUUUACGAUGAAUUCGACGACUACAACACAAAUGACGACGCGGAGACGAGUAGUGUGAUAGGUACGACUGACAGAUACCCUUCCUCCUCUUCCUCGUCGUCCUCCUCCUCUUCUUCACUCUCCUCAUCCUCCUCUUCAUUGUCCUCGAAGGAAGAGAGAGGAAAGAGGAAGGAGGAGGAGGAGGAGGAAGAUGACGAAGAAGGACAGGAGGAAAAGGAAACUAAAAGUGAAAGUGAAGUUGAAAUGAAUGAAGAAACGGACUCGAAAGGAACUGAGGAGGCAGGAGGAGUCAGCGAGGUGUCACGAAAUGACCACGAGGAAGAGGAAGAAGAGGAGAAAACUAUUGCAGAAGGCGGUGAAAGUGAUCGUGCCAAGAUGGAGCACCAGCAGAGACUCCCCGACGAGAUGGAUGGAGCGGAAAUCAACCCAGAGGAGGAGGACAUGACGAAGAUGGAACUGGAGAGCAUGGAGAUGAAUGAUGCGCGUCGUCCUACCCAGAUGGGGAAGGUGGGCAUCGCAGUGGACACCUGGCGGGCUACUGACGAUGAGGACCUGCUGGAGGGAUCAGGGACCAGCCAUCACGACAAAAUAUACGAGCUGGCGUGGUCCGUGUGGUCAGGCUGCUCAACCUCCUGCGACGGUGGGGUCCGCGUCAGGUCCUACCGGUGUCUGCCUGACCAGCCGCUCCUUGAGGCUUGUGUCCACGCCGGCAUCGAAACCCAGGAGCAGCGAGCUUGCAACCUGCAGCCGUGCCCUCCCACCCACGCCCCCGCCCCCGCCGCUAUGCUCCCAGACAGGGCGCCAGGAGUCAUUCAGGCGAUUCCAUACAUGACAGCCACCAGUAACUUGUCCCGAGCCGCCACUCCGACACCGCUGGAUGAGAUUAUGGCCUUCCCUAUUACAGCCUCGCCCGCCGCCUCCUCCUCCUCUCCCUCCUCUUACUACUCCUCUUCCUCCACCCCAUCUUCACCUGUAAUUACCGUACCUUCCGCCUCCUACGCUUUCUCCUCCUCCUCCUCUGGCGUUACCUCCUCCCCCUCCACCACCCCAGCCACGCCUAGCACCACUACAAGAGAUUACGUUGUGAAUAUUCAUCCUCUCUACCAGACCACUUCUACAGCCUCCCUUUUCUCCAGCCAACAUGGUCUUACUACGGGUUCCUCUCCUCACCCCUCCUCUUCCUUUUCUUCCUCGUCGUCCUUUCCUCUCUCCUCCUCUUCCUCCAUCAGCCUCGCGGAGGAGAAGCCUCGUAAAGCAACAUCAAUGAACAGCAUCCCCAUCAACCCACAAGAAGCGCCCCUGACGGAGAGACGCCUUAACGAAGUGGUGCCUUGGGGGACGGUCGCCACGCCCUCCGCCAAAAGAACCAAGUGGAGUUACUGGUACCAGCAGCAGCAGCAGCAGCACCACCCCAACCAUCACGGAAGCAACCACCACCAUCACCACCACCAACAACAACACCACCACCAGCAGAGCCAACAGCUACACCACAACCAGCAUCACCGGAUGAGGCAUCACCAUCAUAAACAGAGCGUGGCCCAGCGGGGUGAGGUGUGUCCAGGCGGCUGCGUCAACCAGGGCGUAUGUGGCCACGGCGGCGUGUGUCACUGUGCCCGGGGCUGGAGCGGCCGGCGGUGCGAGGUGGCGCUGUGUGGAAGCGGUGGCUGCAGGAACGGCGGGAUGUGUGUGUCCCCCGAGAGAUGCCACUGUGCGCCGGGCUACACAGGGGACCGGUGCCAGGACGCUGUCUGUUCCCCUGAGUGUGGUGGCGGGGGAACCUGCGCCCUGCCUGGUCUGUGUGUGUGUCCUCCCGGCCUCCUGCCUCCGACCUGCACGCCCAUGUGCACGCCAAGGUGUCAGCACGGCGGGGAGUGCACGGGGGUAGGCCAGUGCUCGUGUCCUGCUGGGUACUCGGGAUCUCGCUGUGAGUCCGCUGUGUGUUCCCCGCCUUGCCAGCAUCGGGGAACCUGUGUAGCGCCAGGCGUGUGCUCCUGUCCCCACGGCUACGGCGGUGCGCGCUGUGAAAGACUCCUGUGCUCGCGUGGGUGCGGCGUGGGCGGGACCUGCAUAGGCGUGGAGAGGUGCCAGUGCGGGAGCGGUUACUCCGGGCCCUCCUGCACCGUGCCGCUUUGUGACCCGCCGUGUGCCAAUGGGGGGACGUGCAUCAGACCCGGCGUGUGUUCCUGCCCUCAGGGUUACUCUGGCCGCUGGUGCACGGUCAAGAAGUGCAAGUACGUACCCAAGCAAGUGGAAUACACGAGGACUUACAAGAAGGCGGUGCCGCAGCGGGUACAGACACACUGCGGGGCCUGGGGCUGGAAGACUUGCACCUCCGUCAGGCAGAGCUACCAGACAGUCACGCAGAAGUAUUACCGAACUGUGUACACGUGCCAGACCUCCACCGCUAAGCCCUGAGCGAGGCUGGCGCGAGGAGGGCGAGGCUCUUUGCCUGUUGUCAUCAGGUAGUCGCAGUACCUCACACCGUCACCUGCUUAUCUGGUGCGGGAAGGAAGGGCGUAGUGCGCGAGAUUGACUGGCAGGAUUGUGUUUGUUGACGUCCCCUAAAGCUCCCCUGGUGCGAGUGGACUCAAAUAGCCACCUUACAGUGGACACCAUUAGUCUCCUUAGAGCGGACAUGUACCAAGUUGCAAACACUCUGCUGCCAUUUCUUGCCACAUCCACCACCGCUGUGCCAGAUACCGGGUGCAGGCUGAUGUACAGGAAGUGUAUGUACCCCACGCCACACGCUGUCGACCGGAAGAGGGACCAGCUGGCUGCAACGAGACCCAAUCUUAGGGUCUUGCCUGCAGUGACCCAGCGAGGCCGCCAUGCGUGACCCUGGAGCCUCGGCCGCCGCCAAGACAAGUUGUAAAAAAUACUCAUUGUUUCUCCACCUGCAUUUUCAGCUUCACGUCAGUUUAUUUGUUUGUCGUCACUUGUUGUGAAGUUUACGUUUAUUGUAUAGUAAUAAUAACAAUAGUAAUAAUAAUAAUAAUAAUAAUAAUAAUAAUAAUAAUAAUAAUGAUAAUAAUAAUGAUGAUGAUAAUAAUAAUAAUGAUAAUAUUAAUAAUGAUAGUUGUCUGGAGACUCAGUGGGAGGCAUCAACGUUUGCAGUGAGUGAAUCAGUGAAACUCCUUCGUGUUGACAUAAAUGUUCAGUCCUCCGAGUUAUACAUAGAGUAAAAGUCUUGUGUUGUGAGGGAGUCAGUUGUGCACUGUGAUCGCCUUUGUUACGUCUGGCCCAAGGACUUGCUGUAGGGAAGUGAGUGGAUAGCUGUGUGGAAGGUGGAGGUUCUUCCUAACAGACCACCCUCAGUACUGCGGUGAGUCAGUAGUACCUUGGAUAUUUUUGGGGUAAGAAGUAGGAAAAUUAGUCUCUUCCACAACUGAUUAUCCGUCUGACCGGUGUGUGUAUUUUUGAGUAGGUGUAGUGUAGGAAGCACUUGGUGGGUGUAACGGUGACAAAAUGUAAGUAAAUGUCCUGUACUAGUAGAACUCCCUGGUGUGUGGCAGGAAGCACCGUCAUAAUCACAGGUUUGCUGUACGUAUAAUGAAAACACCCAGAAUAAAUCAGGAACCUUUUA